AUGGCAAAUCGCGGCUGCUCUCUCCUUCUGCGCAAUUUGCGCUAUGAAACAACUCCUGAAAAAGUCCGCGAAAUCUUUGAGAGGAUUGGGCGUGUUAAGGAUGUAUAUUUGCCUAUUGACCAUACUACGAGGGAGCCCCGAGGUUUUGGUUUCGUGGAAUACUUUGACGAGAAGGAUGCCCAAGAUGCCGUGCGCGAGUUCGACAGAUACGUCCUAGAUGGCAAUGAACUCUCGGUGAUAAUUGCGCAAGACAGGCGGAAGUCGCCCCACACAAUGAGGAAAAUACUUGCCGAGCGUCAGAACGGCAGGUACUACAGGGGAAGCCCCCCGAUGGGCCGUGGGCCCCCAGGGCGCGACGGGUACGGAGGUAGCCGCUAUGAUGGCCGGCAAGGGCGGUAUGAACGAGACCGCCAAAUGUAUGACGGAGGCUAUCGAGGGAACGGCGACUCUUACGGGAGGCGAGGCCGCGACGGCUACGACGACGGCUACGGAGGGCCAGAAGACCGGCGACGAGAGUAUAAGGGCAUGGAGGACGAGAGACGCCCCCGCGCGGGCCGCAGCAGGAGCCGGUCGCGGCCUUACGAUGGCUACCGCGGCGACCGUUACCGCUAUCCGCCAGAGGACGCCCGCCCCCCGCGUUAUCACGACAGGGAACGCGAAGACGACUACGCGAGACGGCCUCCUUCGGGGUCGCGCUAG